AUGCCAUGCUCCUUUCCCUGCCCGUUAUACGAAAGGCUAAAGCUAGAGUUUGAUGUGAAUGUGAAAGGAAGCGCGAGGAUUCCCCAAGAUGGGAACAUGCAGCCCAAAGCUGGUCCUAAGAAACCGCUCUCCGGCCCAGAGAGCACGUGGGUUCCCCCUUCCCCUCCUGCCUCUGCCCUCCUCUCUCCCACCUCGAGCUCCGUACCCACCAGUGGGCUGGUAGAGCUGGAGACCCGCGUUGCUAGGGUGAGCGUCCUGGCGAAAAGUCUCCGGGCGCCUUCGCGGGCCGCGGAACAGCAGUUCCGCUCGCCUGAAGUUUCACAGGGACCGAACCAGAACUUCCCGCCCUGCUUUCUUGAUAACAAGAUUGUGGACCAAUGUGAGAGGCUGCAGUUACAGAGUGCUGGCAUCACCAAGUAUAUGGCUGAGGUCCUGCCAGAGAAGAACCAGAGAGCAGUGAGCAUGGCCAGUGCAGCAAGGGAAUUGGUUAUCCAGCGACUGAGUCUGGUGAGGAGUCUGUGCGAGAGCGAGGAGCAGAGGUUACUGGAACAGGUGCAUGGUGAAGAGGAGCGGGCCCACCAGAGUAUCCUGACACAGCGGGUGCACUGGGCGGAGGCGCUGCAGAAGCUUGACGUCAUCCGCACCAGCCUGGUGGGCAUGCUCACCCAUCUGGAUGACCUACAGCUGAUUCAGAAGGAGCAGGAGAUUUUUGAGAGGACUGAAGAAGCAGAGGGCAUCUUGGAUCCCCAGGAGUCAGGAAAGUUAAACUUUAAUGAGAAGUGCACUUGGAGCCCACUACUGACCCAACUCUGGGCAACGGCAGUUCUUGGGUCCCUCCCAGGCACAGAAGACAUACGAAUUGAUAAGAAGACCGUCAGCCCCUUCCUGCAGUUGUCAGACGAUCUAAGGACCCUGACCUUCAGCACCAAGAAGUCCAAGACCUGUGCAGAUGGUCCAGAGCGCUUUGACCACUGGCCCAAUGCCUUGGCUGCCGCCUCCUUUCAGGCCGGGCUCCACGCCUGGAUGAUAGAUGUCCAGAACAGUUGUGCCUAUAAGGUGGGCGUGGCCUCAGGUCAGCUGCCCCGGAAGGGUUCUGGCAGUGACUGCCGUCUGGGCCAUAACGCUUUCUCCUGGGUCUUCUCCCGCUAUGAUCAGGAGUUCCGUUUCUCACAUAAUGGGCAGCAUGAGCCUCUGGGGUUGCUGCGGGGCCCAGCCCGGCUGGGUGUGCUGCUGGACUUGCAGGCACAGGAGCUGCUCUUUUAUGAGCCAGCCUCAGGCACAGUGCUCUACACCUACCAUGGGUCCUUCCCUGGGCCCCUCUUUCCAGUCUUUGCUGUGGCUGACCAGACCAUCUCUAUUGUCCACUGACCUCCGGGUCCACCUCCCCACCACCCUUUCAAGCCACAUUUUUACUCAGUGUUCUUCUCCCAAAGGUUGUGUGUAGUGUUUCUAAGGGAAUCAGGGCUCACACCCAGAGGGCAGCUUUAGGAGGGGUGGGGAUCUGUUUCAGAUCUGAGUACAACCUUUACAU